AUGGACUUCGAGCUAUCCUUGAGGGGGGGGGGGGGAAUGGCACGCAGCAUAAACAAAAACUCAGAAAUCUCUCACCAAAUCGCCGAUUCUUCUUCUCAAUUAGCUUCUGAUUCCCACAAUAUCAAAGAAACCGAAGAGCGACAAGCACGUGAACUCAAAGCUGGUCUUCACCCUCUAAAGAGAAAGUUUGUAUUUUGGUACGCUCGGCGGGUACCUGGAAUUCGGAAUCAAUCAUAUGAGGACAACACAAAGAAGAUUGUUGAGUUCAAUACGGUCGAAGGACUUUGUGUCUGUUAUUGCCAUAUUUCUCGUCCUGCUUCUUUGCCUAGUCCAACAGAUUUGCACCUUUUUAAAGAAGGAAUUCGUCCGUUAUGGGAGGACUCUGCUAACUGCAAUGAUGGAAAAUGGAUAAUACAAUUCAAAAAGGUUGUCUCAGGUUGUUUUUGGGAAGACCUGGUGCUGGCUUUAGUGGGUGAUCAGUUGGAUUAUGGUGAUAACAUAUGCGGUGCAGUACUAAGCAUUCGAUUCAACAAGGAUGUAGUGAGUGUCUGGAACCACAAUGCUUCUGAUAAUCAGGCUGUAAUGGCUUUGAGAGAUUCGAUUAAGCGUCACUUAAAGCUCCCUCACAGCUACGUUAUGGAGUACAAGUCCCAUGACGCAUCUCUGCGAGACAAUUCAUCUUACAGGAAUACUUGGUCGAGAGGCAAGAUAAUGGGUAAUUCCAAAGAACAUCAUAAAUGUAACAACAAGGAUUCUCGGCCAGAGUCGAAUUUGCAGCAACAAUUCACUGUUACAAGAAAAAUGAGAGUCAAAUUAAGAGGGAUUAAUCAUUCCAUCAAUAAAUCAAAAAAGGGCAGUGUGUGA